AGCUAGUGUAGCGGACGCACACUAGGUUAGCUUUUGGCCCUGCACGGCUGUUGUUUCUUUUUGCUUCCUUACAGGGACCUGUAAGUGGAGAAAAUCUGAGUACAAGAUUGGCAACGCUCGUCCGUUGUCUGCUUCUGGAAGGGGAUCGCCGUGUCCAGGUUCCAGUGAAGAUUCCAGGUUCGUUGAGGUUUCCGUGACCUGAAGGUAAAAGUGCGGUGUCAGGAUUUUUCUUGUUAUCUGACCACCAUCAGUAAAACAGAUACCCUCAUGGGCUCACUUUGCUCCCCACGCUUCGGUCCAGUCAUGACUUACCUGGUUCGGCUGGUUUGGCAACUCUAGCAAUGUCUUCAGGGUCUGGCGGUGACAUCCUGAUGACAUCUGGCGGACCCUUCAGUGCUUGCGGUGAGGACACUGGCCUGUAUGCCAGGAGUUACCUGCACAUAAUGGAGAAGCUGCUUCUGAUCCUGUCCCUCACGGUUUACUCAACAUUCCAGAACCAUGUGGGUCAAGCGUUCUUCCCAUUAGACUCUAAUCACAUUACCGACGUCAGGAGAGCACUUCCUGUGGGACACAGAGUGGAUGGGUUCUUAUCUGUGGAUAAGCCACUCAGAUAUUACUUCACUGUGAGCAGAAGUCAGAGGACAGUGACGGUGAGAGUGACGCCCUGCGAGUCUCCCAUCCUCUGGACACUUUCUGUUCUGCCCACUCAUGAUUAUUCCGAACAAUUGGUUUCUUGGAAACAUCAUCAACAAAGGGGACCUCAACAAAUAUUUUCCUUCAAGGGAAAUGGGGAGGAAUCGUUCUCUUCAACUGUGACGUCGGGUGCCUUUUAUUUUCUUGAUUUCAUCUCUCUUGAAUCUGACACCAACUUAGAGGUCUUUGUCUGGGACCAUGCAGACGCACCUCCCCCAUGGCCUCAGCUUCCCACUGACCCACGAGUAGAUGUCCUUUCUGUGGAGGAAAACAAAGUUGAACUGUCAUGGAGACCCAGCUUGGGACCUGCUGAAGCUGAGCUUGAGUACUGCGUUUUUGUAAAUCGAAGACAUAACUUCAAGACAUUGUGUGCCACUGAGUUAAACUCAAAGAAAGAACCAGAGAGUCACCAUAACAUUCAAAACACCAAGUCAAAGAAACUUCUAAAUACAAACACAGAAAAGUCCAGCAACAAGGUUUACUCAUACCCAAAAGCCUAUAAGAGUUUAAAGGUCCCAGGUGUCGUGGAUGAAAAUGACAACCUAUGGUCUUUUAAAACCUUACCAGGAAGUCAGAGGGUUUGUGUUGGAACUUCAGCUAAUGCCACCAUCUAUGGUCUAAAGCCUAGAAGCCUUUACUACAUUGAUGUGUUUGCAGUGAACCCUCGGGAUGGUACAAGUAUGGCAUACACAGGAACCUUUGCUGAGACCAAACCAAAACACAAAUCACAAAUACUAAAGGUACCCAAUGAUGAAAUGGUGAACAUUUUUCUGAAAAGUAAGGGUGUAAAAAUAAUGACCAUAGAACCAUCGACCCAUGGAUUCAAAUGGCUUUUCGUCCAUUCUUGCCUCCAUAAAGUCCAUAUUCAGAUUAUGGUAAAUGGACAAAUUGAGGUUUCUCAAAGUCUUCAAGGAGCUCACAACUUUAAACUUGUUGGAAACUCAAAACACAACUUUAUCAUCAGCUUAAAAUCAAGUAAAGGAGGUCCAGGUUUAGUGAAACUAUUCGCAACCAGUACACACACCCACUUACCAUUCUCCAACCUACCCCCUGACAUAAACAUGUCAGUUUCUAAGAGGUCAUGUUCCUCAGCAACAGUCAGUUGGACCGGAAGUGGACAGGGGGCCAAGUACUGUGUUUAUGUCAGACACCUGGAACAGAAUUUGGACUUGAGGUUGAUACAGAAACACCAGAAUAGUUGCCUAAGCACCAGUUCCAGGUCACGGGCAGAGAAGGUAGUUUGCAGGCAGGAGGGAAGCCAACCCCUUACAGAAGAGCAUAUAACAGAUCUUAAACCUGGAAAAGCCUAUCUCAUUGACUUGUACUUCAUAGGCCUCCAUAACAACACAAUAAAGUUCCCUAGUCACGUGUUAAAGACUCAAGAUUGGUGCACUUGAACUCGUGUCCUCAAUCAGAAGGCAUCUGGUCUCAAGGUAUCUUCCAUGCGUUGGAGGCAUUCCAACAUAGAUAUUGCAGAUAAAAGUCCCUCAAGUUGGCUUCUUAGAGUGAAAACCAGAAUAAAAAAGUAAAUUGCUCAUGGCAGAUCUAUUCUGUAAUAAUAAUAGGAUACCUGGAAGGAGGACAGCAAACAUCAUUAAUCAGUUCUAUCAAAUGUCUAUUGCUAAUAUAUGAAAUAUUUUAUUAGACAAGAUCAUCAACUGCUUUGUGGUGGGUUCUGCUAAACUCUCAAAGAGGAAAAGUACUUUGUUCAUGGGUUUGGCAACAAAGGGACAUAUACUGUAUUAGUAAAAGUAUAUGGACGUAGGCUGCUGAAAAUGGCUAACUUUUUUUUCUAACCUGUAUAAAAUCUGGAAUUUGUUUUAUUUGUCACAAA